ACUUGCAGGAAAGAGUUCAGUAAAAGUAGUAUUUUAAUGGAUCACAUGAAGAUCCACACUGGCGAAAGGCCGUACCUGUGCAGCACCUGUGACAAAACCUUUACUACAUUAUCAAAUCUUAAACGGCACAUAACCACGCACACGGGCGAGAAGCCUUACAUUUGCAAAACAUGUGGAAACAGUUACACAGAACGUUCCAGCUUGGUGGCUCACUCAAGGACCCACACUGGCAAUAAGCUGAACAUGUGCAACACCUGCAACAAAACCUUUACUAAAUUAUCAGAUCUUAAACGCCACAUAACCACGCACACGGGCGAGAAGCCCUACAUCUGCAAAACAUGUGGAAAAAGUUACAGGCUACGUUGCCACCUGGUGGUUCACUUGAGGACCCACACCGGCGAAAGGCCGUACCUGUGCAACACUUGCGGAAAAACCUUUACUAAAUCAACACAUCUUAAAAGCCACAUAUACACGCACACGGGCGAGAAGCCCUACAUUUGCAAAACAUGUGGAAAAAGUUACAGAGAACGUUCUACCCUGGUGGUUCACUCGAGGAUCCACACCGGUGAAAGGCCGUAC